AUGUCUGAAAAAGGCCUAUUGAGUAGAAAGAAAAGUGUCAUGAUGAGUAUGUGUAAAUCUAUCGAGAAAACAGUCAAGUCUAUGGAAAAAUUUAUAGAGUUUAAUCGCGAUCAUGCAUUAUUGAGAAAACAUUUAUUACUGGAACACGACGAAGCAUCACCCUCCGAGCAGUGUAAGCAUCAAAUUACAUCUUUGCACGAGUUUGUAUCUCAAUGCGACGAAUGCGCAUCUAUUCUAAAAUCCGCUGCCGUCUCGUCCACGAGCAAGACAACCAAACUACCGAUCAAUAAGGAGACUGCGGAGAAGGAAGAGACCGACGCGGCUAUAACAACGGCCGUCGACGAUUACGAGCCUCAUUCACCGUCCAUCCCACCGUCCGAAAACAUCGCUCUCGACGAAAUCCCCUCUUCUUGUGACGAAGACGAAGACGUCGUCGCUGACGAAGUUGUGGAUGACGAAGACGACGACGACGCCGCUGAC